GUGUGGGGGUCAUCAUCCCCUUAUCUGUCUGCUGGUGUCUGUUGAGUAGAAGACCAACACUUCCUGUUUCCUGAAGCCCUGCCUUCUGGAUCCGGUUUAUAGAAAGUAGUCCGGUCUGUUUUCAGCUGCGGGGGGAAGUGAAGGGGCCUGAAUCCUAGCGUGUCCUGUUUGCCAGGCAAUGAAGCUGCAGGCGGUGAUGGAGAACCUGCACAGACAGCAGAGAGCCAAACUGCUGAUGGAGCAGGCGGGGCAAUCACAUAGCCCCGCCCCCGUAGGGGAGGAGCUGAAAGCAAUCUCUGUCUCUGAAACCGAGCAGGCACAGAUGGUGGCGCUGGCAGCAAUGCGUGCAGUAGCAGCUGGACUUCAGAGAGCCGACAGCCCUAUGUCUGAACACAGCAGUGGAGGAGAUGAUGAGGAGGAGGAUGAAGAGGAAGGGGAGGAGCAAUACAAGGAUAUGAUGGGGUCUGAUGAGGAAGAACAGAUAAAAAGGAAAUGGGAUGAAGAUGACUUUGAGGGUGAGAUGGAAGAUGACUAUGAAGAUGAUCUAGGUGACGAAGGGCUACCGUCGGGCCGUGAGGCCGUCACCCCAGGCAGAGGCAUCCUCCUCUUACCCCACCGUCAUUUACACCCUCACUCCCAGCUGCUGAAGGCUCGGCCUGGUUCUGAAAGUGAACCGCGGGCAUUGCCUCACCCCGCUCAUUCAUCCCACGGGCCGCUUCAUGGACAGGACCACGCAGACUGGACCUAUGAGGAGCAGUUCAGACAGCUCUAUGAACUGGACAGUGACCCAAAGAGGAAGGAGUUUCUGGAUGAUCUGUUCAGCUUUAUGCAGAAGAGAGGGACUCCAGUGAACAGGAUUCCCAUCAUGGCCAAGCAGGUGCUGGAUCUCUAUAUGCUGUACCAGCUGGUGACAGAGAAGGGGGGGCUGGUGGAGGUCAUAAAUAAAAAGUUGUGGAGGGAGAUCACGAAGGGCCUGAACUUGCCGACCUCCAUCACCAGCGCUGCCUUCACUCUCAGAACACAAUAUAUGAAGUAUCUGUAUCCUUACGAAUGUGAGAAGAGGUGUCUCAGCAACCCCAAUGAGCUGCAGGCAGCCAUCGACAGUAACCGGCGAGAGGGACGCAGGCAGGGCUUCGGGAGCUCGCUCUUCACCUACUCGCCCAACGGGACAUCUGCCAUGCUCUCCACACCCAAACUCUCCAUGCCUCCCAUGGGCAUCACCCUGCCCAGCAAUGGAGCCUCGGUCUCAUCCUUACAGAAAAAUAAGAAAGAGGAUGACGGGGUUCAGACCCGUCUGCCUGCGUCUCUGGCCACUCAUUCGGUAGCUGCGGCCCGGGCUGCGGCUGCACAGGCGGCCACCAUCGCUCAGGUCGCUGCGCUGGAGCAGCUGCGGGACAAGCUGGAGUCCGGAGAGCCCCCAGAGAAGAAGAUUGCACUGCCACUGGAGGAACACCAGCGGCUACUGCAGAGAGCCCUUCAACACAACCUGCUGGCCAUGACAGCACAGAUCCCCAUGAACAUCCGCAUCAACAGCCAAGAGAGCAGGCAAGACUCGGCCAUGAGCCUGACCACCAAUGGCCUAAACAGCAUCAGCAUGUCGUUGGAGCUCAAUGGAGUCGUCUACACCGGUGUUCUCUUCGCCCAGGCCGUGGCGUCGACCUCAUCAGGGGCAUCCAACAAAUCUUCCUCGGGCAACAGCGGGCCACAAUCUGUCCAGCACACACCUACCUCAUCCUCAAACAACCAAUCGCCUUAGCACCUCAGACUCUCUCCGUCAGUGCAAAACCAAAGCCAAGCAACCUCACUUACUACAGAAGAUAUGCCAAAAAAACCAGUGCAGGAAUAACUGAAUCGUUCUCAACUUGAAGUACACUAGCUCAGGUCUCUUAUUUACACUCUCCUUUGUUCAGGAGUCAAAAGAAAUCUAAAAUAACGACGGAGUUUAUUAUAAAGAUGAUGAUAUAAUGUAUAUGCUAAA